UGGGAGUAUCGCUCCUACUAGCUAGUAGUGCGUAAUUUGAAAACACACGUUGUUGUGGGCCUUAACCAUGAAGCACUGUAUGCUGUUGCCGCUGUUGUUGGCACUGGGAUGCAUGUACGUCUGCGCUGCACCGGUGGCACAUGAAGACAUACAGCCGGGGUUAUGUGAAGACGCGUCAGCAAAAGGAGCUGCAGAACUUGCGCUCAACAAGAUCAACGGGGACCGGCAGGAGGGCUACAUCUUCGCCCUGCACCGUCUGUCCAACGUGCACAUGGCAAAACAUGGACACUACGGACCGGCAUGGUUUUCUACCUGACUCUGGAUGUUGUGGAGACCAACUGCAGCGUUCUCAGCAAGAAGGACUGGAAGGCCUGCGAGGCUCGUCCCACACAUGACACACGGGUAUAUGGACAGUGCAAAGCUGCCAUUUACAUCAGUAAGGUACGCAGAGUGACACGUCUCUACAAAUAUGACUGUGUGGUCAGACCAGUUCCUAGAGACUCAGUCGGCUGUGUAGGCUGUCUGUCUCUUAUUGACAUUCAAGGAGCUGACAUUCACAAAGCGGUGGCUCUCUCGCUGGAGAAGUUCAACAGUGGGAGCGUUUUGCAUUUCACUCUGCUCAAAGUCCAGCGUGCUCAUUCUCAGGUAGUCGCUGGGAAGUCUUACAGGGUAGAGUACACCAUCCAGGAGACCAACUGCACCAAAGGCGCAGCAGCAGCUGAUGAGUGCCCCCACAUGGAGCGCGAGUUUGCUCACAAGGGCUUCUGCCAGGCAUCCAUCUACUACCCUCUCCAAGGUGAUGGUGAGGCUAAUGUAGGAUGUGAGAUCUAUGAGCCUGAGGCCGCUGAAGCAGAGAAGAAACAUCCCCUUUUGGGCGGAGAGACCGACCACGGCCACAAGGACACACACGCUCACAGCCACGACCAUGACGGUGUACACGGCGCCGAUGGAGCACACACACACGACCAUGACCACGACCACGAUCACGCCAAGAGCCACACACAUCGCAACACCAACCGGAAGCACUCUGGCGACAGACGCCAGCAUCACACACGCGACCAUGAGGUGGGCAGCGGCCACAGGCACGCUCACAACCACUCCCACGACCACGGACAUGGCCACGACCAUGGGCACGACCACGGGCAUGGCCACGACCACGGGCACGACCACGGGCACGACCACGAUCACGUGCACACUCACCAUGACAAGGCACACAACCACAGCGGCGAUUCGCCCGGCCAUCACCACAACCACGGGCACGACCACGAGCACCCAGUAGGCAGGGUGAAGUAUUUGCCCGCCAUGAACCAACCCAUGACCCUGCCUUCUUUCCCUGACGUCCCCGCUGGUGGGCCUGAAGUGGGAGUCACCCUGCCCCUCAAGCCAGACCCACGAGUGCCCGGACGGAUGGAACCCAUCAUCCAGCCCUUCCCCGGGGCGAUCUCACCCAGUUGCGCCCCUGGAGUGACGGGAGACAGCGGGCUGGAGAAACUCUUCGCUGAGGACCCCAUGUUCAAACCCGCUGCAUAAGGUGGCCCAUUGAAACUCACUUGGAAACUGAAUGUAUGUCUAAACACACUUGAUGUUUAAACAUAUAAGAAAAUACUGAAGUGCAGACAGGAGAAUAUUUACAGUAACACCUUUGCCUUAGACACAGUGAUGGACCAUGUAACGCACCUUAACUGCUUACUUUGGUCAUUCUUUGCAAAUGGUUAAAUAUAAACUCUGUUUACCUCCAACCUUCUGUUGGUCAUACAUUCGAAAACAAUAAAUUCAGUAAACUGCUCAUAUUGUUUUCACACGACUAACGUUCACACGGAGGAACUAUUAAAUUCUGGAGGCAAACAUGAAUGUUUUUUGUGUUUGGUUGCACCAAAAUAAAUAAAUAACACCGCACACUUGUGUGUUGAUUCAAUGAACUAAACCCGAGCUCCCUUUGUUUCCUGUCACUGAUCUCACCGCAGCAGAUUCAUAUUCUAAACUAAACAUAAUGUGAAGAGGUUGUUUUAUUGAUUUUCUAAAACAUCCUUUGUAAUCCUGCAUAUGAAAUAACCCUUUUUCAUAAUAUUUAACCCAAUUCAAAGCAUCAAGUCUUGAGUUUAGUGUCUUCAUGUCUUCCGAAGUAAAUUACAAUCAGUAACUGCUAAUAUAUUCCAUUCAAAUGUGGGUGGGUCACAGCAACUUAAAUUCUGUAGGAUAACAUGGAUUUGACAUUUGAAUAUGCAAUUGUCUAUUAUAAUAAUAAAUGAUGACGCUAUACAUGUAACAGGCUUAUUUUAAAGAUUUUGUCUUCCGUCACAAGAAAAUUCGGUGAAAUAAAGUCUGUGAAGUUUGGUGCAGAUGCCAA